GACGCGACACCCUGUGGUCCAGAUCUUUAGAACACAAAGUUCUUUGUUUUCUAUUUAGCAUCUUUGGAAGAGUAUUCAUGCUGAUUUUGGCAGUUUUGAUCGUCAACCGGUUGCUGCGGGCUUCGGAGUUGAGAAUCAAGUAUAGUCAAGUAUUGGAUGAGUUGAACGAAUACAUUAAUAGAAAAAAGCUGCCUCCUUCAACGAGGAACCGAUUGAUCUCUUUCUACGAGUACAAAUUCCAGGGAAGAUUUGUGAGACCGGCGAAAAUUGAGAAAUUAUUGUCAGAUCGACUGAGGAAAGAGAUAAACUACCACUCGACCUACAAACUGAUCCAGCAGGUGCAAAUUUUCGAGGAUAUACCAACGAAGAUUCUGACAGAAAUUAUAAAUAACCUCAAGCCAGAAGUUUUCCUUCCAAACGAUAUCAUCAUAAGUGCUGGAGCACCAGCUGAAUGCAUGUACUUUAUUUCGACUGGAACAGUGUCCGUGACCACAGCUUCAGGUCGAGAGGUAUGCCAUUUGCAAGAAGGAUCUUAUUUUGGCGAAGCUGCUCUGAUAUUAAAUCAAAGAAAAUCGGUUUCUUGCGUCACCGCCCUGGAAAUAUGUGAAACGUACAAACUGGAUUCGAAAACAUUCAGGCGUUGUUUCAAGGAUAAUCCAGAAGUAUUCCAAAGAUUGAGGCUAGAGGCUGAAAGAAGAGAAGAGGAAUCGAAUAGACUAGAAAAGGAGUUCCAAGAAAUGCUGUUUCUCAGGACGUACCUUGGAGACAAGCGAAAAUUUUCAUUCGAAUCUGAGAGAGAUUUGCAUUCAGUUUCAUCGAAGACAUAAUAUUACUGAGUUAUGAGAACUAAAUGAUUUAUAUUCAAUUUUGUUCAGUUCGAAAUAUACUUCGAGAAUGA